ACCAUGGUCGAGUCCGGCGGAAAAUGGCGAAUUCGACCCGGCCCCAGACCACCGGUCGACCAAUCUCUCUAGUAGUUCGAGUUCCACGCGUGGCAAUACACGAAGCGCGUGAUAAGAACAUUUUUGCCUUUUUUUGGUUCAGUUGUGUUGUGAAACAACAACAGAGCAGGAUCCUGCAUUAAAAGUUAAGUGUCAGAAACCAUGCGUUUGAAACGAUUUCUUUUACGAUAUUAUCCACCUGGUAUAAUUUUAGAAUAUGAGCAAUCAAAAACAGUGAAGACAAAGUCAAUUGAUUUACUGCAUCUUAAACCAGGUUCUGAUGUGGAGGCAUUACUGGACGAGAUUGUUGCAAAGGAACCUUUGAUAACUCCCUCAAAAGUUGAACAAGUUCGAAAACUUAUUGUACGUCUUCAAGAAAAGCAAGUUGAAAUCAAUCAUCAUCAUUUUUAUUUAUUUAAGGUUUUAAGGGCACAUAUUCUUCCCUUAACAAAUGUUGCAUUCAACAAAUCUGGUUCCAAUUUUAUAACUGGGAGUUAUGACCGGACUUGCAAAGUUUGGGAUACUUUAUCUGGUGAAGAGCUUUUUACACUUGAAGGUCAUAGAAAUGUUGUAUAUGCUAUUGGCUAUAAUAAUCCCUUUGGAGAUAAAAUUGCGACUGGCUCAUUUGAUAAAACGUGCAAGUUAUGGAGUGCAGAAACUGGAAAGUGUUUUCAUACGUAUAGAGGACAUACAGCUGAAAUUGUUUGUCUUCAGUUUAACCCUCAAAGUACUUUGAUAGCAACGGGCAGUAUGGAUACCACAGCAAGAUUAUGGGAUGUUCAAACUGGUUCAGAAGUAGCUACACUUACGGGUCACACAGCUGAGAUCAUUUCUUGUUGUUUCAAUGAAACUGGUGAUAAACUUUUAACUGGAUCAUUUGACCACACUGUCAGUAUCUGGGAUGUCAAAAGUGGAAGGCGGAUACACACGUUAAUUGGUCAUCGAGGAGAAAUAUCAAACGCGCAAUUUAAUUUUGACUGUUCGUUAAUCGUCACUGGGUCAAUGGAUAAGACGUGUAAAAUUUGGGAUAUGUCAAAUGCUAAAUGCAUUGGAACAUUACGAGGACACGAUGACGAAGUACUUGAUGUAGCGUUUGACUUCACUGGAGAACGUAUUGUGACUGCUUCAUCAGAUGGAACCGCCAGAGUUUACAACGCAGUAACACAUCACUGUAUCAUAAAACUGGAGGGACAUGAGGGAGAAAUAUCCAAGGCAUGUUUUAAUCCUCAAGGAACACGAAUUCUUACGGCAAGUAGCGACAGAACAGCUCGUCUAUGGGACUCCACCUCAGGUGAAUGUAUACAGGUUUUAGAGGGACACACGGAUGAAAUAUUUAGUUGUUCAUUUAACUACGAAGGCAACAUAGUAAUUACAGGAAGCAAGGAUAAUACAUGUCGACUUUGGCGAUAAGCCUAGUUUAAUGAAGAAUAUUCAUUCCUCGGGAAAGAUUCUUCAUGGAAUCAUUUGUUCUGGGUAAAGCCAAGAAGAUAAUAAACUACAGUACAUCUAGAUAUUGUAGAAUACCAUUGAUGGUCGGAGAGUUCAUCCAUUCUUCGUAAAAUAGGACAAAAUGGAACAAUUAAACUGCCGUUGUAUUUUAGUAUGACUGGCGGCAACAUGGCGUGCUAAUAUGUCAUUUUGUAUCUUUAAAUUAUAUAUUUACAGAAUUAAGCAGAGCAAUAAAAUACCUCGCUAUAAUUA